AUGGAAGCGCAAGCUGAUCAUGAUACCCAUCGAAGCAACCACGGCACGACGGAGAGCUUCGUAUCAAACAUAUCCCCAUUUGAUUCUCUCCCGAUCGCUGCCAGACAGCAAGAGCUGCUAGAUAUAAUCGACAAAGCUCGCAGGACGACCACCACUAUCGACCUUCCACAGAUCGCGGUGGUUGGCGAUCAGUCGUCAGGGAAGAGCUCCGUCCUUGAGGCGAUUACCACAUUGAAAUUCCCUGCGAGCGGGGGCAAAUGCACGCGGUUCCCCAUCCAGAUUAGUGUCCGGCGUGGACCAAAUGAAAAAGUCGCAGCGAGCAUUAUUCCAUAUGACAAGAGGCCACCGGAACAAAAGAAGCAACUUCAAAGGUUCUCUCUUCACAUGCGAGAUUGUAAUAUCGAGGAUCUUCAUGAUAUAGUGGAAUCAGCAAGAAAUUUCAUUUGGCCUGAUCAGAACAAUAUCAAAGACUAUGCCAUGGACAUCUUGAGUAUCGAGGCUGUCGGUCCCCGAAUGCCCAACCUCAGCGUCAUCGAUCUGCCCGGAUAUGUUCAAAUUAAUGCACAAGAUCGGUCGGGGGAAGACUCUGACGCAGAGCAGGUGAUGAAACUGGCGGAGCGGUUCACGAGAGUGCCUAGAACCGUCAUACUAGCAAUUGUCCAUGCUGCCACCGACUAUGAAACCCAAACCGUCUUGAAAGAACUCAAGAGGAUAGAUCCCCAGGGUGCACGUACCAUUGGGGUCAUCACAAAGCCAGACAUACCCAGCGACAGCCACAGUAUAUCGGAAUUUAUCCAACUGGCAAAGAACGAUAGAUAUCAUCUCAAACUGGGUUGGUACGUGUUAAAGAAUAGGAAGAAUCCAGAGGGUAAGAACCUUUCUUGGGACGAGCGGAAUGAAGGAGAGAAGUCCUUUUUCAAUAAACAUCCAGACUGGGCCCAGGCAGGUCAAGAAAGGUUAGGAAUAUUCCCACUCGUUCAGAAACUGCAAAAGAUUCUCCUCUCAACAAUCGCGCAAGAGCUCCCAUCUAUCUUGAAGCAACUGCAGCAGGCCCGGGAUGAGUGUGCAAAGAAAUUAAAAAAGCUUGGGGACUGUCCCAGUACAGUUCUGGAGAUGAGAGAGCAACUCAGAAGGUGCUGGGUUCAAUGCCAAGGUACAGUCACUCAGGGAGUACACGGGCAGUAUAUGAUAGACCAGGAAUUCUUCAACGCGGACAAGAAGCUGUACGCUGAGAGUGGUAUUUCUAUUUACAUGCUACGUGCUUGUAUUGCCAAGCAGAACGAAAUAUUUGACCGAACCCUCAGAGAUUGGGGUUGCGCCUACGAUGUUGUUGACAACCGUCUUGAAACGCCAUCCAAGAUCCAUUAUGGAAGUGCAAAGCCCGAGCUGGUACCUCCUCCGAGAAAGGUCACACGAGCACAGUUCAUAAUUGAAGAUGUGGAGCCACUCCUGAAGCAGCACCGAGGACAACAGAAUCCCGGAGACAUCGAUCCGACUGUAGUGUAUCCCCUUUUCCAAAAGCUAUCCUCUAACUGGCAACCCCUUGUUGAGGAUCACGUCCGGCGGGUCUAUUCGAUUUGCUCCGUAUUUAUGCAAUUAGUUAUCCAGGAAAAAUGGCCAACCAGAAUGCAGGAUUCCUUACGGAAGGUGAUGUUGAAUGACCAAAUGGAUAUGAGACUCGCUAGUGCUCACGAAGAGGUAACAAAGAUUUUCACGGAUCACUCUAGAUAUAUGCAGACACAUGACCCUGAGUACAUCCGAACUUUGUGGAAUUUAGGAGCAGUCAGCGCCAGACCGACAGAUGCCGAUGCCGAUGUAACGAUAGCCUUCAUGAUGUGCGAGGAUAUUCUGACAAAAACAUGGGUAUAUUACAAUAUUGCGCUGGGCAUCUUUCUUCGUAACAUUAUAGUUCAGGUUAUUGAACGUCAUCUUGUAUAUGGUCUAAUAGACAUAUUCGACCAGUCCCACAUCUCCACCCUUAAUGAUGAACAGAUCAAGGAAAUUGCCGAGGAGAGCGAAGAGGAGCAGAAAACUCGUGAUAUGUUGAGAGACGAAAAGAAGCGUCUAGACGACUGUGUACGGACGAUACAGAAUAUCAGUUGGGGAAAUGAUUGGGGACAUGACCUGGGAAUGGUCAGUUAG